GGCAUUUCGGGCGUCAGAAGGCAGUGCAAGGGGCAAGAAUGCCUCAGAUUGUGUUUUAUCGGACCGGGCCGGGGUCAGCCCAGAGGAAACCCUAAUUCUCAUGCUGCCAUGAGAAAUCUACGCCGACAGCGACACACCGCAUAUGUUAAACCGAUGAGUUUAGGGUUACAUCAGAUGACCUUUUCCUGACCCGAAUCCUGGAAUCAGUUUUCGCGUUCCAGACCAAGUGGUUACACAGGAGGUUGCCAAGCAACCGUAGAACGUCGUGUCAGUUUCAGAAUGUUGAAACACAACGUUCCCAAGGAGAAUGAAUGGAUGGCUCAGGAUCCUGUGAGGGAGGAAUGUUUAGACUCGUCCUUGUUAUCUUUUUUGUUUAAAAAAUACAGGUGAAGUUACAUUCGCUGUUAGGCGGGGUGGGGGAGAGCCGUGGUUUCGAAUCGGAGAUGUCCUCAGGUCGAUUAAAAUCGUCUCAGGCCAGCAGCAGCCCACCCCUUCAUUCUGCCAAGGGGACAGGGGAGAAGCUUUGGAAGUACAGGGUCGAGGUCGAUCGCGGCAAGAAGAGGUUGAAACUAAAGGGCAGGGAGCUGCUGUCGGUGCCUCAGGAGAUCUUCGACCUUGGGGAGCUGCAAGUGCUGGAGAUGAGCCCGGAACGCGAGAGCUGUCUGAGUUACAGGAUCAGCGGGGUCCCUCGGGCCCUCGGGCGCCUGAGCAACCUGACCGUGCUGAGGCUGGACACCAACGAGCUGAGGGAAAUCCCGCCCGAGAUCGGAGCCCUGCACAAGCUGGAAACGUUGACCCUCAGCAACAACCGCCUGAGCCGCCUCCCGGCCGAGGCCGAGAGGUUGCAGCGGCUGCAGAACCUGCAUCUGGCCAACAACAACUUCCAGGAGCUGCCCGUGCAGGUCUGCCAACUUCGGCGCUUGUCCUUUCUGGACGCCAGCGACAACAAGAUAGAGACCAUCCCCGCCAGCAUCGGUAACCUGGAGCGCUUGGAGACCUUACUGCUGUGUUUCAACGCGCUGCAGAGCCUGCCCGACUCCAUCUGCACUCUUGGGCGCCUGUGCACCCUGUGGCUGGGGAAGAACCAGCUCAGGAGCUUGCCCAGCCAGUUCGGGCAGCUGGUGAACUUAGAAUGGGGUCGGAGUCACUGCUCCUCAAACUUCGAGAACAAUCCGCUGGAAUCUCCCCCUCCUGAGAUCUGCAGAGGUGGCCCUGAGGAGAUCAGCCGCUAUUUUGCUGCUGUGGGAUGAAGACCCAGAGCCCGUGGGCAACUUAAACUGACUAUUAAUACCACGCCUGGGCUAUCUAUGAACUGCGGUGAACUGAUCAGAAGCGAUGCAUGCAAAAAUAGAGAUAGUAGGAACUGCAGAUGCUGGAGAAUCUGAGAUAGCAAGGUGUAGAGCUCAAUGAACACAGCAGGUCAAGCGGCAUUAGAGGAGCAGGAAGGCUGACGUUCGGGUUUACACCCUUCUCCAGAAAAGAACUGCGAUUUGUAAAUCGGAGGCUGCACUUUUGUGUCGUCCAGAAGUAGUCAUUAGGUUACAUUGCUCUGGAGCGCGCCCUGUGGGAAGAUGUUAAAAUGUCUGCUUCUUGGGCAAUGUACCCUGAAUUUACAGUCUAACAGAGCUGAGCCAAAAUGCAGCGUCAGACCUGCGUUGGCAUUGAACCUGUAAAGUAUUCAGCAGCAACUGGUCGCCCGUGUGUACGCUCCAGCUGAUGCCUGAGAGGGCUUGGCAACUGCACUUCAAAAAUACUUCAGUGGCUGCAAAGCAUUUUCCUCCUGAAAGGGGCUCAUUGUUUUCCCUACCCCGUCACAGGCAGAUCCUGGCAGGCUGGAGGAACAAGAUCAACUGGACAUUGCCAGGUUGUAUUGUUUUUACCCCUACCUUCUUCCUCAGCAGGUGUUAAGGUGUUGAGAAGUUUUCUUCCUAUUUUGCAGGCACGCUCAUAAAUCUAACCCUUAAAAAUAGCUGGUCUCGGGCAACCAAACAAAUGAAUGGAACAAAAACAAAGUUGCUGGAAAAGCUCAGCAGGUCUGGCAGUAUCUAUGAAGGAAAAAGAGUUAACGU